AUGGAUAAAGUGAUAUCUUCGUUGAAUGUUAAAGUAGAAAAAGUAAUUAUUUGGUCUGAUUCUAUGAUUUCCCUUGCUUGGAUUAGAAAAUCACCACACUUACUAAAAACUUUCGUGAGUAACAGAGUCGCUUUAAUACAAGAGCUUACGGGGUCAUACCAAUGGAAAUAUGUGCCAUCUGAACAUAACCCAGCUGAUGUCAUAUCGCGUGGACUGUAUGCCAGUGACAUUCUUACGUGUGAUAUCUGGUGGAAUGGACCAGACCUUCUACGUGAGGACAUGUGUUAUCCAGAACAACCUCUUGAGCCUACUACUGAUAAUGACUAUGUCAAGGAACUGAAAUGUUUAUCAGACUCUAAUUUUUGCAAUAUUAGAAAAUAA